AUGUGGCCAACACCAAAAGCCGCCUUCCUCCUCCUCUCGGCGCACUCGCUGCUCGCCAGCGCAUCGCCUGUCGAUGUGGCGUCAGGGGAACUCACCAGGCGGGCCUGCCCGGCGGUCCACGUCUUCGGCGCGCGCGAGACGACAGUGUCGCCGGGCUACGGCACGUCGAGCGUCGUUGUCAACCUGGUCCUCAGCGCCUACCCCGGGUCGACCUCGGAGGCCAUCGUGUACCCGGCGUGCGGCGGGCAGUCGUCGUGCGGCGGCGUCAGCUACGGCAACUCGGCCGGCCAGGGCACGACGGCCGUCGCCAACGCAGUCAACGCUUUCCACACGCAGUGCCCCAGCACGCAGCUCGUGCUGGUCGGGUAUUCGCAGGGCGGGCAAAUCAUGGACAACGCGUACUGCGGCGGCCCCGACACCGGGUCCGGCAUCAGCAGCUCGACGGUGCCCAUCUCGGCCGGCGCGCUGGACAUGAUCAAGGCCGUCAUCCUCAUGGGCAACCCGCGCUACGUGGCCGGGCUGUCAUAUGACGUGGGCACAUGCGCCGCGCAGGGCUUCGCCCCCCGCCCCAGCGGCUACACAUGCCCGUCAGGCGGCGCCAAGAUCCAGAACUACUGCGACGCGGCCGACCCGUACUGCUGCACGGGCAGCGACCAGGCCACGCACCAGGGCUACGGCGCAAAGUACGGCCAGCAGGCACUGACCUUUAUCAAAGCCAAGCUGAGCUCGUCGCCCGGGGGGUCGCCUGCGACUUCUUCCUCUGCUACCGGCAGCACCCCUACCCCUGCGCCAGGCAACGGCGGGGCGUGCUCUGCGCUCUGGGGCCAGUGCGGCGGCUCUGGGUGGGCGGGCGCUACGUGCUGCUCGCAGGGCACGUGCAAGGCGUCCAACCAGUGGUAUUCGCAGUGCCUCAACUGA